UCUCUCACAACCUCCUGGCGCACCAGUCUGUGUUGCGCCUCUGCUCUCUCAACUUUUAUUUCUAAUUGAAACUCCCGUGAAAACUCUCGCUUUUUUAGUCCCCGGCAGCCGAUGGGAUGUUCCCAGGAAAGAGGUUACACCCCAUCUGAGCUCGUUCACCUUGGAAACUUCACGAGUCAGGCGGAUAACUUCUUGUGAAUGGGGCACGUUUGACUUUUACGCAUCCAGCUCCGUGACGCGCGGUUGGAUGUUUUAAACUGAAAACGCUGUCCUUGCAAAGUGUCAGGUCCAAAUUCUCACUUUAUUCCCCUUCUUCAAUGGCAAGGGGGCGUUUUAAGAAGCCGUUGACUGCGCGAUUCUCCUGAGAGAAACUUUGUUGAACUUCAUCACUUUUUUUGGCUUCCAUCACUUUCUUCUUGUUCUUUUUUUUUUUUUUAACUCUACAACACAAUCAAACGACCUCUCUUGACCUUUUUUUCCCCGGGAUCCUUACUUCCACAGCGUUCCGCUCCCCAUUCACGGAUAUUCAAUUAACCUCUGUUUGGGAGUUAUUUUAGUGGAUAUCAUGCCUCCGACAGGACCGGAGAGACGGGCUGCGCUCUGCCGGGUUUGGGCUCUGGUUUUCGCGCUGCUCGUGUGCGUCGCCUCGGUGAAUGGAUGCCCACACAAGUGCAGCUGCUCCGGGUCUCAUGUGGACUGCCAGGGUCUGGGUUUGAAGACAGUGCCUAAAGGAGUACCGAGGAAUGCCGAGCGUCUGGAUUUGAACAGAAACAACAUCACCAGAAUCACUAAAGUGGACUUCUCUGGCCUCAAGAACCUACGGAUUCUUCAUCUGGAGGACAACCAAAUCAGUGUCGUCGAGCGCGGAGCCUUCCAAGACCUCAGGCUGCUGGAGCGGCUUCGCGUGAACAGAAACAAACUGCUGGUUCUUCCGGAGCUUCUCUUCCAGUCCAACCCCAAACUAGGACGACUAGACCUCAGCGAGAACCAGAUUCAGGCGGUUCCGAGGAAAGCUUUCAGAGGAGUCACCAACGUCAAGAACCUGCAACUGGACAGCAACCACAUCAGCUGCAUCGAAGAUGGAGCUUUCCGGGCGCUGCGUGAUCUGGAGAUACUCACCCUCAACAACAACAACAUCACCCUCAUCCCGCUGUCCAGCUUCAACCACAUGCCCAAGCUGCGGACACUUCGUCUGCACUCCAACAACCUCCACUGUGACUGUCACCUCUCCUGGCUCUCUGAUUGGCUCAGAGCCAGACGGGGCUUGGCUCCCUUCACCCAGUGCAUGGCCCCCGCCCACAUGAGGGGCCUCAAUGUCCCAGAUGUGCAGAAGAAGGAUUUUGUUUGCAAUGGUCCAGUUCAGACAGAGUCCAGGACGUGUGUACCCCAGGUGGCUGUGUGUCCGCCCAGCUGCAGCUGUAACAACAACAUAGUGGAUUGUCGUCGCAAAGGACUCACUGAAAUACCGGCAAAUCUCCCCGAGGGCAUCGUGGAGAUUCGUUUGGAGCAGAACUUGAUUAAAAGUGUCCCAGCAGGAGCCUUUACUGCCUACAAGAAGCUGAAGAGGAUUGACUUGAGUAAGAACCAGAUCUCUGACAUAGCAGCUGAUGCUUUCAGUGGCCUGCGCUCGCUCACAUCAUUGGUGCUCUAUGGCAACAAGAUCACCGAGUUGCCCAAGGGAUUGUUUGAUGGACUGGUUUCCCUGCAGCUGCUGCUUCUGAAUGCCAACAAAAUUAAUUGUUUGCGAGUCAACACCUUCCAAGACCUACAGAACCUCAACCUGCUUUCACUCUAUGACAACAAGCUGCAAACUAUCAGCAAAGGACUGUUCGCCCCUCUGCGCUCCAUCAAGACUCUACACCUUGCUCAGAAUCCAUUUAUGUGUGACUGUCACCUGAAGUGGCUGGCUGACUACCUGUUUGACAAUCCCAUCGAGACCAGUGGCGCGCGCUGCAGCCACCCCAGGAGGCUGGCAAACAAACGAAUUAGCCAGGUUAAAGGCAAGAAGUUCAGGUGCACAGGUCAGGAAGACUAUCGUAGCCGCCUGAGUGGCGAGUGUUUCCAGGACCUGGUGUGUCCAGAGAAAUGUCGAUGUGAAGGCACCGUCGUCGACUGCUCCAACCUGAAAUUGGCCCGUAUACCUCCACACAUCCCUGAACACACGACAGACCUGCGGUUAAACGACAAUGAGAUUGCCAUCCUGGACACUGCAGGGACGUUUAAGAAGCUGCCUAACUUGAAGAAGAUCAACCUGAGCAAUAACAAGUUGCGGGACAUCCGCGAGGGCGUGUUUGACGGAGCCGGUGGAGUUCUGGAGCUGCUCCUCACAGGAAACAAGCUAACCGGACUGCAGGGACGCAUGUUCAGAGGCCUCACUGGCCUCAAGACUCUAAUGCUGAGGAGCAACCAGGUUAGCUGCAUUGACAACAAUACGUUCACGGGCCUGAGCUCGGUGCGUCUGCUCUCGCUGUACGACAACAGGAUCUCCAGCAUCGCCCCAGGAGCCUUCUCCACCCUGCACUCCCUUUCCACCAUUAACCUCCUGUCCAAUCCCUAUGUGUGCGACUGUCACUUGUCCUGGCUGGGUCAGUGGCUGAAGAAGACCAGAGUGGUCAGUGGAAACCCUCGCUGUCAGAAACCUGCUUUCUUAAAGGAGAUACCCAUUCAGGACGUGGCUACGCCGGACUUUACUUGUGGUGGUGAUGAGGAUAAUGGUUGUCUUCCUGCGUCUGGCUGUCCUGACGUCUGCACGUGCUCAGACAGUGUGGUGCGUUGCAGCAACAGAGGGCUGCACUCUCUGCCCAAGGGCAUUCCCAAGGACACCACUGAGCUUUACCUGGAGGGUAAUAUGCUGACAUCUGUGCCCAAGGAGCUGGCAUCCCUGAAGCAGCUGUCACUGGUAGACCUGAGCAACAACAGCAUCAGCACGCUGGCCUCGUACACCUUCAACAACAUGACUCAACUAGCCACACUCAUCCUGAGUUACAACCAGAUUCGCUGCAUCCCGGUCCACGCCUUCGACGGGCUCAAGUCACUUCGCCUGCUGACUCUUCAUGGUAACGACCUUUCAACCAUCCCAGAAGGGGCUUUCAGCCACCUCACUGCUCUCUCCCACCUGGCUCUUGGUGCGAAUCCCCUGUACUGUAACUGCGACCUGCGCUGGCUCUCCCAGUGGGUCAAGGCUGGCUUUAAAGAGCCCGGAAUCGCUCGUUGUACUGGACCUCCUGACAUGGCUGACAGGUUGCUGCUCACUACGCCACUCAACAGAUUUCAGUGUAAAGGUCCUGUAGAUAUCAGCCUAAUGUCAAAAUGUGCCCCCUGCCUGGCGACACCAUGCCAAAACAACGGUACCUGUGUCCCUGACACCACUGGGUCGUACCACUGCACGUGUCCUUAUGGAUUCAAGGGUCAAAACUGUGAAAUAUCCAUGAAUGCCUGUAUUAAUUUCCCCUGCUGGAAUGGAGGAACCUGCCACACUGUGCCUGGCCUUAUAGACCAAUUCAGCUGCGUGUGUCCGCCCGGAUCUGCAGGCCCUCGUUGUCAGUUCAACCCCGACGACUGCGCGCACAACGACUGUGAGAACAACGCUACCUGCGUCGAUGGAAUCAACAACUACACCUGCAUCUGUCCACCCAACUACACAGGUGACCUCUGUGAAGAGAUGGUUGACCCCUGUCUCCAUGGUUUCGACCCCUGUCAGCACGACUCUAAGUGUGUCCACGUCGGCCGCAGUUACAGGUGCGACUGUUUACCAGGCUACGUGGGCCAACAGUGUGAGCGGGACUAUAACGACUGUCUGGAGAACAAGUGUCAACAUGGAGCCGAAUGUGUGGAUGCUGUCAACGGAUACACCUGCGUCUGUAAAGAGGGCUUCAGCGGGCUGUUCUGUGAGAACCCUCCACCAAUGAUCUUGCUGCAGACCAGCCCCUGUGACCAAUCAGACUGCCAGAACAGUGCCCAGUGCAUUUUAGUUUCUGGGGAGCCCGUCUGCCGCUGCUUGCCCGGUUUCUAUGGCAACAAAUGUGCCAAGAUGGCCACUGUUCACUUCCUGGGUCGCGACGGGUUCGUGGAGCUGCCAGGCGCGAAGCUUCGCCCCACCGCACACAUUUCAUUACAGGUGGCCACGGAAAAAGACAACGGCCUUUUGUUGUACAAAGAGGACCACGACCCCCUGGCACUGGAGCUUUACCAGGGACACAUACGGCUCAUCUACGACAUCGCCAACUACCCUCCAACCACUGUGUAUAGUGUGGAGUCGGUGAAUGACGGGCUUUUCCACACGGUCGAGCUGGUGAUUCAGAACCGUUCGCUGAGCCUGGUGGUGGACAACGGAACCCCCAAGAGUCUGGGCAAACUCGCGCGCCAGCCGUCCGUCGACCACAACACUCAGCUGUACAUCGGAGGCGUACCAUCCCAGGUGGUGGCCUCAGGUCUACGUCCAGGCCCCGAGCGUUCGCCUCAGGCUUUUAAUGGCUGCAUCCACAAUGUCCAAAUCAACGGGGAGCUGCAAGAUUUGAGUAACCAAGCCACGGCGGGAGGGCGACCGCAAGGAGUCAACGUCAAGGUUGAUGGUAUCCUCGCAGGCUGUCACACCUGCAGUGUGUGUGCACAGGGCUUGUGCAGGGAGGGAGGAGAGAUGGGAGUAACAUGUGACUGCCCUCCAGGCCGCAGCGGGGCUCUGUGCGAACAGAUGACAACGCCAAACCCGUGUCAGAACAGCAGGUGUGUACAUGGUGUGUGUGUGGCAAAGGGUCAGUCCUACAGUUGCCAGUGCAGUCAAGGAUACCAGGGUCAGUACUGUGACCGGCGACAGGAGCCCGCGGCCUGCAGGGGGCAGCGCUGCGGACACGGAGAGUGCCGCGUGUCAGAGGCAGGAGAGCCGCUCUGCCAGUGUCAUCCUGGAUACAGCGGAGCAACCUGUGACGCGGAGCUGACGUGUCAGGGGGAGAUGGUGCGGGAGCAGCUGAAGCGUCACCACGCCAUGAGAACAUGUACGUCCACCAGCAAGAUCCCCCGCAUGGACUGUCCCCGAUCCUGCCAGGCCGCAGCGCCGCCCGGCGUCUGCUGCGGCGUCACCAAGAACAGGAGGAGGAAGGUGGUUUUCCGCUGCACUGACGGCACCUCAUACUCGGAGGAGAUGGAGACGGCUCUGGAGUGUGGCUGCUCCAAGUGCCCGUUGUAACAGCGCCGCUGUUUUUUUUGUUUUUGUUUUCGUUGCAACACCCACCGCUGCCAUUUUUGUGAAUUCUACACGUCAAAUCAAACAAAGGCUGUCGCUCUGAGAGAGGUUUUUUCUCCACCCUGAUGAUGAUGAUGAUGAUGAUGAGCAACAUGUGAUGUAUUGUUUUUACCACGUUCAGUUUCGACCGCCGCCAAUUUGCUGCCAACAGAAACCAAACAAGAGCAAAAAAAAGAAGAAAAAUGGGACAUGUGUGCGUGUUUUUGACAGAGAGAAAAUAUAUUGUAAGAUAUAAGUAAGAAAAAAACAUAGAACUUAUUUUUAUUAUGGAUUUUUUUUCUAAAAGAUGAUAAAAGGACUGAUGAGCUGUUGUUUUUGUUUUUUUUUUAAAUGUUGAUGAUAUAAUGUGUCGCAUAGUAUAAUAAAAAAAAGUAAUUUUGUACCUUGUAAGAAGAAGAGGAAGAAAAAGUACAACGCAAGAUUAACAUUCCUUUAAAAGUAUAUGAAUUUAUAUGUAUGUAUAAAUCUAUAUAAAUAUAUACCCUAACCCAAUGAAUUUUAUAUUUCUAAGUGUAUUUGCAUGAUGUUAAUGUGAGUGCUGACGUGAGGGGAGGACACUGUGGACACUGAGGGACGAGCUCCGUGGAUUCCACUGUGAGGAGAAGGUGGCGCUCUUGUUGCCCUCUCUCGGAGGCUGGGGGGGGGGGAUUGGGGGGGACUGUAUGUGCCUCGCUAACCUGCUUCACUAUAUAAUGGACGUCAUCCUCACAUGUGAGUUUUUUUUCCAGAAAAAAACACAAAAAGACUCUUUCCACAGAGACGAUUUCACAGUUGUUGUUUGUCUUAAUCUGUGGUUUUCUGCUGCUGCUUCUGCUGCUGCUGCUGCUGCUGCUGCUGCUGCUGCUGCUGCUGCUGCUGCCGCCGCUGCCGCUGCUGCUGCACCAGAACCCGGAGCCACCGUGUGACCUUUGACAUGGAAAAUUGUGGAAAAUAGACGUUCACUGUUCAUCAGCAGCUCGUUACUCCGUAGUCGGGGAUUGAAAGCUACAGUCGGCAGGACUGUUUUGGGGAUUGCCACGCUCACUGUCUGUCUCCAGCUCCUUUCACACAGACAGACGGCAGCUUCUGUUUAUUUGCCGUAUUAGUGAUCCAGCAUCCAAAGACAGCGCCCCCUGUCUUCUUUCUCAAAACCCCCCCAGCAUGCAACAGAUUUCAUUGUGAGACUUUGAACAGAGGAGGUGCAGAGUCUCGUUCUGUGUCAAAUAACUUGAUGCUAAAAGGAAAUUGUGGCAUCAGUGACGCCAAAAAUCCUGCCGACUGCAGCUUUAUCCAUUUAAACCAGCAUACCGAGUCUAUACCGGGUCUAAACUGAGUCAUUUUUAAUGAAAUCUAUCUUUGGAAUAAGAAAGAAGUAUCAUGUGUGUGUCACUGUGCUCUCUGGUUGAACAUGUGUGUGUCACUGGCUGUUUUCUCUUGACCCCUAAGAAGGAAAUCUGAAAUUCACAGACGUGACCUGCAACCAGGCUCCUAUUGGACAACAACGUCGGCCAAUCACACCAGUGUUCAUUCAUACUGUAUAUGUCGUGCUCUAUCAUGUAUUUUCUUUAGAAAAUCGAAAUCCUUUUAUAGUGAAAAAGACCCAUAACUAUAGCGAUUGAGAUCAUUAUUAACUGCUCAGGAAAAUGUUUACUGACUUUAUAAAUCAAACUAGAAGUACAACCAGCAGUUGUGUCUCCCCCUGGUGGCGAUUCAGUAUAUUCUUACUUCCUGCUCGUCACAAAGUGUUCUUUGUUUGCACGAGCGUUACAGAGCCACAACAGUUUCCUUGUCCGUUGUCCGUUCCAUGUUUUGUGACCGGACGAGGAAACUGUUUGGAAUGAAGCCAUCAGCGUCAACUCCACUUACCUUAAAUAUGAUAAUUAAGAUAAUUAAGUCAAAAGUUAAGUGUGUAUUUGAAGUCCAAGUGCCUGUGAGUAAGUCAUUUUUGAAGUGCAAACACAUCCAACACCUGAAUCAUUUUUCUUAUUUUAGAUGUUUGGAUUGAUGUUUAUUCACUUCACACUCGUGGCCUUUAAAUGAUCCCUCUUUCCUUAGAACAGGGUGUUAUGGAAUGUAUAGAAAUCCCAAAGCAAACAAAGAAGUCGUGCCAAAUAAAGAAGGGAAGCCUUAAUCGUGCCACAGUCCUCGAGGUGUGAGAUACAGUGUUUUUUUCCCCUCAUGUUUAAUGUGACAUCUGUGACAUCUCUUCUUUUAAUCUUCAAUGUGUGACUGUAAAGGUUCCGUUGUUUUCGGUGAAUUAACACUUUGAAAGGUUUGGUAACAUGUUAAUGGUGUGACUUUCAAAGUAAAAGUCUCUCUGUGAUUGAUGUAAAUACAGAGAGAGCUCCAAAAAAAACAACAUCGUAAAUAACUAACACAACAAUAACAAGCAUGGCAGAAUACUAUAAUGUAACUACUACUGUGUUGUUUAGUUUAUAGUUGCUUUGUUUCCAAAAGUCCACUCCACUCUUUCUUUCCAUUCCUGUUUUCAUUCCUCAACACUCAAGGUUUGUUAGUUCCUCAUUGUGAACAGGAAAUGAGUUAAAAACACACCUCAGUGAUUAUUGACCAGACAAAUAUAAACAAACUCAGUUGUUCCUGUUUUCCAAGUCCUGUUUUUUUAACAAAAACAACAUGAAUAUGUGAGUGAUGAUUGAUACUUAAGUUGAAUGUUAAAAAAUUAAACUACCAUUGAAACUACA